AUGGUGGCGUUCAGAAACAGAUACAUGGUGAUGGAGGUUUUUCUCAACCCUAAUAGAGAAAAAGUGGGCGAUCAUUCUGUUAUAAUUACACAGUUUAAUGUCUCCAAAGCUGUGAGAGAUAGCAUUUUGGAGAAUUUUGGGGAGUGUGGUUUGGCUUCCUCGUUGGGAUCAUUCCAAGUUAAGUAUGUGAAUCCAAUUACUAAUGUGUGUAUAAUUAGGGUAUCAAGGGAGGAGUAUCAGAAAGUAUGGUCUGCCAUUACAAUGGUCACAAAUAUUGGAAACUGUCCGGUCGUGUUUAACUUGCUGGAUUUGUCUGGGAGUAUAAGGGCUUGUAAAAAUGCUGCCUUGAAGUGUGAGGAAUCAAAAUUUGAGCAGUACAAACUCAUGGUCGGUGGUCAAUUAUCUGCUUCUGACACUGAUCGCAUGAAUUCUAAUCUCGAAAGAAUUAAAGUUUUGGAGCACUGA